AUGGACUCAGAGGACGGGGACUUCUUCGUCAAGCAGUUGGCCAACUUUGUGCGGACGCACGAGAAGGCGUUGGCCAACGCUUUACAAUUCCGAAGACAGAGCAAUGCUCCCAGGCAUGGCGCCUCACAAAGUGUGUCGGCUUUGCCGACUCCCCCAUCACCAGCUCCUCUAGUCGAGCGCCCUUCAACUUCUGCCUCAACCUCUACAGGCGGUCUGGCAGCGGCACUGUCGCUCGGCUCCUUCAGCUUCACUUCUCACAACAUGAAACCCGCGAAGUUGGCACUGACACCACACCACCUCUUCUACUUGCUUUCUCGUUUCGAGGAGAUGGGCAUCAAUGUCGGUCCUAUGAAGGUUCGCCUCGAGAACCUCCACGACGCUUCGAGCUCGGCCAAUUAUGUAUCAUUUCUCGAUCCCUCCCAGCGGACGCGCAGUGCGGAUGUUGUCUCUAUUCGGUCAGUCUCAAGCGUCAGAAGCGUCAUGUCUGGCAUGUCAGCAUUGUGGACUAGCUUUGGCAUUGGAUCGAGUAUAUCCGCUGCCAGGGAGGAGAAGCAGAAGGCUGCCCUGGCUGCUGAUUUGAGGUACCUCUACUCGGCAUUCACCAAGAUACCUUGCCUCAGAUUGGCCCCCGAUUGGCGCGCGAGAUUAAUACGAGGAUACGAGGAAUUUCCUUUCGACUCAGCUGUCCCUCUCUACGUUUUCAAGAACCUACAAGCCCUCGAGAUCAGCGGCAUCGACUUCAGACAAUUCUUUGGCUGGGACCGUCUUGCAGACCAGAUCCGGUCUUUGACCCUGAAAAGGGCCAGCAUAGAUGAUCCUGCCGAUAUCUUGAUUGACAUUGUGCUUGACGAUAUGGACAAGAGGCGGCGGCGGACAUCCAAGGCGCAACAUUCCCCAACCGUCACGAAUCCGAGCCCCCGUAGGAGCCCGACGCUACAAUACGCCGAAUUGCAUAGAUCAGGCUCAACACCAGGCUCACCCGUACCUAGAAGCUCUUUGGGUGACUUUCAGGUGGGCUCCGUUGGUACCGACUCGUCCUCGCCAAGUGGCAGCCGCCGCCCUUCCGUUGCCAGGAUUGAGACCGAGGAGCCGCGAUCUCCGGCGAAGUCUGGCCGACCCCGAAGUCACUCGCCACCACGGCCCAUCAGCUCUCGGCAUCAUACUGCGCCCGCGACAUCCAGACAAUCCUACAAGGUCAGGCGCUCCGGUUCUGGCAGUUCGCACUCCAGCUUGUCCGACUCGUGGCACAACCCUCGGAACAGUGCCUCGAACCUCCUGGGCAUGGGUGUCUUGCCUGCCUCUAAAUGGCGCUUCUUGAAGCAUCUCAGUUUGGCAGACAACUCUUUGACCUCUGUUUCUGCAGCCAGUCUUGCACCGUUGGCGAACACAUUGUAUUCGCUAGACCUGUCCACCAAUCUCUUCACUCAGAUCCCCGACAGCUUGGCGACACUCACUGCUCUGCGUGCUUUGAACCUGUCCAAUUGCAUGAUCGAUUCAUUGCAUUCACUGACACGGAAUCCUCUGCCUGCCAUCACUGCUCUGAAUCUUCGUGCUAAUCGUCUCCAAUCCAUCGCUGGAGUUGAAAAGCUUUAUCCUCUGGAGAGGUUGGAUCUACGGGACAAUCGUCUUACUGAUCCAAUGGAGCUGGCUCGCCUUACUGGCAUCCCGGACAUCCGGGAGAUCUGGGUGGAGGGCAAUCCAUUCACCCGAACACACCGCGACUACAGAAUCACAAUCUUCAAUCUGUUUAGGAGGACACCUGGAUUCACCGAGGAUGUCAUCAUUGAUGCCUCGGGCCCGACCUAUUCGGAGAAGAGAUACCUGGUAGAGCGUGUAGCCAUCCCGGCGGCUGUCCCCGUCGUGAAGCCACCUGUUCCCGAAGUUCCGGCCGUGGACGUGAGCAAGCCAGCCAUUAUUUACGAUGCACCCAAGGAGCCAGCUGUCCUGAGAAAAGACCGUCCGCAGCCCAAGGCUGUCGCUAGCGAGAAUGAUGUUGGCUCCACACGUCGACGACGGACUCCGAAGCGCAGGAUAGUUGAUCUUGCAACCAGCGACUCUGCAAAGGCUAAUGCUCAGACAAUGGAUAUCAAAGAACUCGCGGCUGGUGUUGCAAUCCCAAACGCUGGUGCAGACACUCACUAUCGUAUUUCACAAUCGCCCGAGACCCAGAAAAACAGUUACAUAGACUCACGGCUUUCUUCACUACCGACCCUAUCUGAAGUGCCUCGCAUUGACACGGGCAUCAGUGGGCCAACUUCCUCACUCUCUUCUCAACCACUCCAACGUCCCAGUUCAGAUGACAACACAGACUGGAACACAAGUGGCGAGUUGUACCGACAAAAGAUUGAGACCUUGCGGGGCCAAGUUGGAAACGGAUACCUCAGCGUUCUUAACGAAGAGAGCUGGGACUCCAAUCGACCUUCUGCAUUUGUCGGCGACUAUAACCAGGGCGCUACGAUUCGCCCGAAUAUUGCCACCCCUCGUACUCAGAGCGUGCAGACCAUGGCAAGUGGCCGAGCACUCUAG